CUUACAUUUGGCUGGUUUAUGAGUUACAAGGUGGGUUGCAUGCCACACACAGCCUCCGGGAAUCGGUGUCAUUGAUGUCACAGACUUCACAUCAUUAACACCGCUAACAUUGUUUCUAAAUGCGCUUCCGCGACGCCUMGCUAUAUCAGGGUCUUUUGCGAGUCAAAUCUAGAUUUCGAAAGAUAUUCUAACUAAAAUUACUCUUCUUUGUUAACCUCAUUAGCAACGGAUUCACAGGGAUACUCACGCUAAUAUCAAUAACAUUCAGAGCGGCAUUGCCGAUUCAUCUCGCGUAAAGUGGUUACGUAGCUCUUCGAAACGAAACGAAUCGAAAGGGAGGAGCCAACACAGACAGCGGCACUGACGACGAGGAAAUCUUGCCAUUAUUUCCCUCAAAUAACGACGAAGAGAAAGUAGUUUCUGAGAAAAUAACCGACGGUCCAAUUAUGAGCAGCCAACGGGGACAACGCCAGAGAAAACAAAAGGGUGGGAUUCCCCCAGAGUUGAUGAACGUCGAGUUCAAUCCCAACGAAUCGGYCGAUGAUGUCGACGACGACAUGAACGGAACAAACGGCAACCACAYCAACCCGAAUGGUAACGACUUUCACUACAACUAUGGCCAGCAACAGCGGACAUAUGCCUAUAAGGACCGCCCGGGAUCCCUAAGGGGGGACGGUUACGGAGGAGGAGGUAAAGCUCGUUACAACCCCGUGACAAAUCCCUCUACGAUGGCGGUGCAAUCCCAUAACUACGAACCGGACGAGUCGGAAGUCUGGCGUGCUUAUGUGGCCCAGGUUCACUUUUCAAACCGUGGGCAGUGGUGGACGACUGGCAAAAAGCGCUCCCUCAAACGAUGGAUCUUGACCUUUGCGGUCGGUGUCAUCCAAGCCCUAGUGGCUACCGCCUGUAACUUUUCGUCCCGAUCGAUGGCCACGAAAAAAUACGAUUACGUCUACGAGUUGCUCAACCCGUCCAUGGAAGCAUACGAGGAAGACAUGGAGGCAAACGACGACGACCUGGCGGCCGACGCCACYGGGUCCAAUGGGAGCACGAAURCCGUGCCAGAGAGCACGGGGGGCGAUAUCUGGAAGGCCUUCUGGUCAUUUGUGUUGAUUCAGACGGCAAUGUGUUUCGCGGCUUCGAUUUUUGUCUACAUCGGUAAGUACUUUCAAGGGCCAAAAAGGAUCAAAUGGUKASGUGUUUUGUAAAAUGAUUAUUUGGAAAGAGCCUUUGGCCUUGACUUGAUUAAUCGUUGAAAUGGUCUAMGAAUUUCCUAACAAGUAAAUCGCGUGGUUUGUAUGCUUCCAAUUCAAUUCAGAACCUGUUUCGGGUGGGUCUGGUAUUCCUGAAAUCAAGUGUUACCUGAACGGUAUUGACUUGCCACGUGUCGUGCGUGUAAAGACAUUGUUUUGCAAGGUCAUCGGAGUAGCUUUUUCUGUCGCGGGAGGCCUACCCGUUGGAAAAGAAGGACCGAUGGUUCACAGUGGUUCUGUGGUAGCGGCGGGGAUUUCCCAGGGCAAGACUCGUUUCUGGGGGGUCGACACAUCAUUUAGCAAGUU